AUGACAUCCUCUGAACCACUUCUUUCACAACCCCGUAGUCGUAGUUCAAGUGGUUCAAGGUAUGAAGCAAUACCUACACGAUCUUCUAUAUCACUUGAAUUACCAGAGGAAAGAAGUCUUAGCUCUGACACUGAUUAUGAAGAUAAUGAAUCUCAUAAAGGUUCGUUAGAGGAAGAAGAUAUUUAUGAAGAAAGACCUUGGAAGUAUAAAGUUAUUGCUUUAUUAUGCGUUCUGUCUUUAGCUGUGGGAAGUCAUUACGCUGGUCAUACUCUUGGUGCUCUAAAAUCGACAAUCAAGAAAGAAUUAGACAUUUCAAAUUCACAAUAUGGUGUCAUUCAGUCAUCAGUAUCUCUGGUUAACACAGUUCUACCGAUUCUCGGUGGGGUAUUCAUUGAUACAUUUGGGACUUCGGUUGGCUCCAUAUUGGCUACUUCUCUUAUAGCUAUAGGAAAUAUCUUGGUAGCAUUAUCAACUGAUUUGAAAUCAUUUGCUGUAAUGGUCAUUGGUAGAAUAUUGUAUGGAAUUGGGAGUGGAACGAUUGUUAUAGUCCAAGUGGCUAUUUUGAGUCAUUGGUUUAAAGGGAAAGGACUGGCGAUUGCAGUAGGAAUUCAAAUUGCUAUAUCGAGAUUGUGGUUCCAAUCACAAGGAUUACAGGAUUUUAUGGAUGGGCAUUUUGGAAUCCUUCAUGAAAAAUUAACGACACAAGAAAUGAUGAAGAUUAAACAAAAGAGACAUUUUUGCCCUAAAAAAUUAUUGUUGUUCCCUACCAUUUAUUGGAUCUUUGUUUUGCUUGAAUUUGAGUUGGGUAGUGCUUGGACUUCAUUCUUACAUAUCCAUACGGAAUUGGUAAAAAAUAGAUGGGAUUGUACUGAUGAAGUUGCGGCUUAUAAUUCUAGUAUUGCUCAGUUCUUGCCAAUAUUCAUUUCUCCUUUCCUUGGAUAUUUUCUGGAUCGCUUCGGAAAUCGUUCUUUAAUUCUGAUCGCUUCUACAGCUUUUCUCACUAUAUCGAUGUACCUUCUUGGAUUCACUUUAGCAAUUACACCAAUCAUAGGAAUGAUUUGUUUUUCAAUUUCACUUUCAUUAGGACCGGUAGCAUUAAUGUCAUCAAUACCUGUACUAUUACCUUUAGAUUAUAUUGGUACAGCAUUAGGUAUAGUUAAAUCAAGUUCAAAUAUUGGAUCAACUAUUUAUGAUAUAUUUGUGGGGUUACUACAAGAUCUGGAUAAAGGCGAGUAUGAUAUGGUAAUGAUUCUUUACUUAGGUAGUAGUAUACUCGCUAUAAUCGUAUCUACAUGUUUAUUUAUUGUAUCAAAGAAUUGGUAUGAUGGUAUAUUGGAUAUGAGAGAUGAUGAAAGAAAAGGUUAUUACGAAGAAAAACUCAGACGUUAUAAUCAUCAUAAUGAUGAUGAUUCAUAUAGUGAGAAUCAUGAUCUAGUGAAACGUAAACUACCUA